AUGACCGACCAGCUGAAGAUGAUCAUGUCAAGGCUCACCGCAGAGGGGCUGAGCGAGGAGAAGCGGGCGUCCUACCGCGCGCUGAUGCUGCAGAUCAAGGGGAAGAUCGACGCGCUGAAUGGAGUUGUCGGCACUGAUGACGGCCGACCCGACGCCCCGAAGCAGGCGAAGGGCAAGGCGAAGGGCAAGGAGGAAUGGCACUCCACAGGCAGGUGGACUCUCGACCUCCGCACUCGAGUACUCAAAGCAAGUCUGCCUGAGGGCUGGACGAUUGAGAAGUUGAGCGAAGAGGUGAAGAAAGUGGCUCUUGGUGAGGACGCCCUGCCGGACGUGGCCCCGGAGGGCGGUGGACCCGGCACGGCGCCCGAGGCCGUCCUCCUGCGAUUUAAGGACCGCGCUUCUGCAGAGCACGUGUUCAACCAGAAGGUUGACUUCGCUUUUACCGUGGAGUGGUCGGACAAGCCGUUUCCCGAGACAGCGCCACCGGGAGUGCCUGCACCGACGGCGGCAGUGGAGGAUGCCCCCGCUGGCAACGCGUCGCAG